GUGCCGAGCGCCUCGCAUUACUUCCCUAGCCUCUGCCACGCCACGCUGGAUACGCGCCCAAGCGCAGUCCGCCGUCGCGCCUCUAUGACGUGUCACCGCUUUCGGCUGGGGGGGCGGGGCUGCGCGGAGGGCAAGCCGGGGGCGGGGCCGGGGCCAGAGCAGAAUCGCGGGUCUCUGCGGCCAUCGCUGAGUGAGGUGUCCCUUCCCCUCACCCGCUCCACGCCCUCCUGGGCCGAGUGGAGUUGGGUGGUGUCAGCAGCCUCUCCCUGAGGGGCACCGCGGCUUCAGGAGCUGGGCCUCCAGUGCGGCGCGAUGUCAGGCGCCGUGACAGCUCUGUGAGUCCGAGGCCGCAGCCGUGGCGCUGGGCGGCUGCGGGGCCUGGCCGGUCCGCUCAUGGUGCCGCCACGACGCCAUCGCGGGGCAGGAAGGCCAGGGGUGCUGAGUUCUUCACCUCCUUUUAGACUGCGAUCUGCCAAGUUUUCCGGCAUUGCUCUUGAGGAUCUCAGAAAGGCUCUUAAGACCAGACUGCAAAUGGUGUGUGUGUUUAUCAUGAACCGAAUGAAUUCCCAAAACAGUGGUUUGACUCAGCGCAGGCGAAUGGCUCUUGGGAUUGUUAUUCUGCUGCUUGUUGAUGUGAUAUGGGUUGCUUCCUCCGAACUUACUUCGUAUGUUUUUACCCAGUACAACAAACCAUUCUUCAGCACCUUUGCAAAAACAUCUAUGUUUGUUUUGUACCUUUUGGGCUUUAUUAUUUGGAAGCCAUGGAGACAACAGUGUACAAGAGGACUUCGCGGAAAGCAUGCUGCUUUUUUUGCAGAUGCUGAAGGUUACUUUGCUGCUUGCACAACAGAUACAACUAUGAACAGUUCUUUGAGUGAACCUCUGUAUGUUCCUGUGAAAUUCCAUGAUCUUCCAAGUGAAAAACCUGAGAGUACAAACAUUGAUACUGAAAAAACCCCCAAAAAGUCUCGUGUGAGGUUCAGUAAUAUCAUGGAGAUUCGACAGCUUCCGUCAAGCCAUGCAUUGGAAGCAAAGUUGUCUCGAAUGUCAUAUCCUGUGAAAGAACAAGAAUCCAUACUGAAAACUGUGGGGAAACUUACUGCAACUCAAGUAGCAAAAAUUAGCUUUUUUUUUUGCUUUGUGUGGUUUUUGGCAAAUUUGUCAUACCAAGAAGCACUUUCAGACACACAAGUUGCUAUAGUUAAUAUUUUAUCUUCAACUUCUGGACUUUUUACCUUAAUCCUUGCUGCAGUAUUUCCAAGUAACAGUGGAGAUAGAUUUACGCUUUCUAAACUAUUAGCUGUAAUUUUAAGCAUUGGAGGUGUUGUACUGGUAAACCUGUCAGGGUCUGAAAAAUCUGCUGGAAGAGAUACAAUAGGUUCCAUUUGGUCUCUUGCUGGAGCCAUGCUCUAUGCUGUCUAUAUUGUUAUGAUUAAGAGAAAAGUAGAUAGAGAAGACAAGUUGGAUAUUCCAAUGUUCUUUGGUUUUGUAGGUUUAUUUAAUCUGCUGCUCUUAUGGCCAGGUUUCUUUUUACUUCAUUAUACUGGAUUUGAGGACUUCGAGUUUCCCAAUAAAGUAGUAUUAAUGUGCAUUAUCAUUAAUGGCCUUAUUGGAACAGUACUCUCAGAGUUCCUGUGGUUGUGGGGCUGCUUUCUUACCUCAUCAUUGAUAGGCACACUUGCACUAAGCCUUACAAUACCUCUAUCCAUAAUAGCUGACAUGUGUAUGCAAAAGGUGCAGUUUUCUUGGUUAUUUUUUGCAGGAGCUAUCCCUGUAUUUUUUUCAUUUUUUAUUGUAACUGUCCUAUGCCAUUAUAAUAAUUGGGAUCCUGUGAUGGUGGGAAUCAGAAGAAUAUUUGCUUUCAUAUGCAGAAAACAUCGAAUUCAGAGAGUUCCAGAAGACAGCGAACAGUGUGAGAGUCUCAUUUCUAUGCACAGUGUUUCUCAGGAGGAUGGAGCUAGUUAGCUGUUGUCUGUAGCCCAGCACGAUAAUGGAACUAUACAGCGAAGAGACAAUCUCUGGCAAGUUUUUGUAGAAAAAAUGUUUCAGUGCCUAGUCUGAAAAAUAACAGUUUCAGUUCUUUGAAACUCUAAAAUGUAUUUUUCUCAUAUCUGUUUUCUUCAUUUUCAUAAUGAAGCACUUUGCUAUGUAGCUGUGUACAUAUCACUACAGUUCUAGGAAGUUCCAGUCUACAGUCCAUCCAAAGGACCAACCUGCCUUACACAUCUCAAGGAAUUCAGCUGUUGAAAUCAUUUGAACUAAUCAAGGAAUAAAUCCUAAUGUUCCGGGACUUUAUUUUCACAUACUUGUUAAAUGCUGGAAUAUAUUAUGAAAAUAUUUUCAAGAAAUCACAAGUGUUCAUAGACCAGUGUUUCUGACAGGUAAAAUGCUAAAAUAAGCUACCUGUAGUAAGUAUGGAUGAUAUUUUUGGGUUUUGUUGAAUAUUGCAAAUUAACCAUACAAAAAAUGUUUAAUUUAUGCAACAAACAUGUUUGUGCAAAUUUUGUGGGACUUUAAAAAGAAUAAAUAUUUGAGAAAAUAUCUGGUUCACUUACACUACAUUUACUGUAUUACUCUUUUAUAGCAUUAGGUGCCUUGUAUUUUAAAUCUGUGAGAAACCAUGGCAAAUUUUUAAAGGGGAAGUAUUAUUAUAAAAUGAAGAAAUAUGUAUUUCUAAAGGCUGUAUUGCUGUAAACUUAAUUGAUAAAGCUCUGUUUAAUUUAGAGUGUUGAAGAAAUAGUCUCCCUUCAAUUAAGAAAUUUUCAUAAUGGAAUGAUUUAAAUUGAAGUGACAAAGAGUAUUAUUAAAAUACAAUGUUUAUGUGUGUAUUUGUGUAUUAUAGAUGUAUCAAGUGAUUUCUAAUUUUUUCUCAUAUGAAUAUGCCAGAUUACUCUAGAACUAGAUGCCUCUUCUUUAAAUAAUUUUAGUUUUCCUGAAUAAAUUUGUAAUGGUUAAAGUACCAAGGAAGGAGGGCGAGAAGGGAUUCUGUUUUUAAAAUCACAUCUGAACUGUUCCUCUACUAAGAUUAAAUUAAAUGUAAAAUACUCCUAAUUGCCAUUCUUAAACUUAGGCACAUGUACUCACUAUGCAAGUGCUCCUGGACUCUAUUCACCAUAGAUAUAAGUAAACGUGUGUCCCAGGAUUCACAGGCUUUUGAUUAAUCAAUAUUCUUUUCAAGUUUCUGUGAAUAGUUUAGUUCUCUUCAAAAUUUCUUAACUAAUCUGAUUUGUAAGAAUUCACUUUGCAGUGUUUAGCUUCCUAUUCACAUUCUUAAAAUUGCUUUGGUGUUACCAUGAGUCGAAAAUGAAGUUUAGCCUUCCUUCUGCUUCAUUCUGAGAACUUCUUUAUUACCUUUAAAAAUUGUUUAUGAUAUUAAAUUUAAAAUACAAACA